AUGAGCGCGGCGGCGGGCGGGCUUCGUCAGCUGCUGACGGCGGCGGUGACGGCGGGGGCGGCGGAGGCGCGCGCCGCGAUUUUCGGGCACGCGGUGAACCCGUUGGGGAAGCGCGCGGCGACGAAGCUGCUGCGGAAGAAGCUCAUCGGCGAGCAUGUCGCGCAGUGGUACCCCGACGACAUCAAGCGCGACGACCCCGAAGUCAUGGCGCGCGAGGAGAAAGAGCGUCUUGCGAAGCUGGAAAUGCUCAAGCGUCGUGGGAAGGGUCCGCCGAAGAAGGGCCAGGGAAGGCGUGCGAUCAAGAGAAACAAAUAA